AUGUCCUGGUGUGCACUUAGAAAACCGGCGACGGUAACUUCAUUAAGCAUAAUUUUAUGCAUCGUUCUCUACUGGCAAAGCACCAACAUACACCGCCAAACAACAUCCUGCGCUUGUGGCAGUUGCCCAAAGCAAAACGAAGACGAGGGUUCUUGGUUUUCCAAGCGCUUCAAUGCCUCAUUUCACCCGCUAAUGUCAAGCAACAGCAGUGUCCUCAGUGAAAAGGCAUCCAAAUGGUGGAAGCGGUUACAGCCUCGUAAAGGACAGCCCAACUACGGAGAGGUUGUGGAAAAGUUGUUCCAAAUCAUUCCUGACAAGGAGUAUUAUAGGGAUACAAGUCCCGACCGCUGCAGGGUGUGCUCUGUGGUGGGCAACUCUGGGAAUCUGAAGAAGUCUCACUACGGACGUCUGAUCGAUGCCAGUGAUUUUGUCAUCAGGAUAAAUAAAGGUCCUACCAAAGGCUUCGAGCAGGAUGUGGGAUCAAAAACUACACAUCGCAUCAUUUAUCCUGAAAGUGCUGUUGAUGUCGACAACUCUACUCACCUGGUGCUAGUUGCUUUCAAGCCCCUGGAUCUGGAAUGGCUGUUAAAUGUCUUCACCACACACCGUGUCAGACAUACAUACACACGCGUGAAGUCAACAAUAAAAGCAAAUACAAGCAUGGUGAUGGUUUUCAACCCCAGUUUCAUGCAGUAUGUCCAUGAGGCCUGGCUAAAAAAACAAGGCCUCCAACCAUCCACUGGCUUUUUGGCUGUUGUUUUUGCUCUUCACAUCUGUGACCAGGUCAGAGUGUUUGGGUUCGGAGCAGACAAGUAUGGAACCUGGGAUCACUACUUUGAGAGGAUACAUCCAUCCUUUAAAACUGGUGCACAUAAAGGCACUUUUGAGUAUGACAUGAUCAGGGAGCUUGAUAAGAGACACCAAAUUGAAAUGUAUCGAGGAUGGUGAUGGCCUUUCAUCUGGAAGUAGUUUUGUUUUACACAAGUAGUUUUUUUUUUACACAUUUUACACAACAUUCCAAUUUUUUCUGAUUUGGGGUUGUAGUAUAUGCAAUACCUUUGUACUGUGUUCUUUAGAGAGAGAGUUAUUUUCUGUCAUCAUAAGGAAAAGGGAUAUCACCACUCUGGUUCAGAAUUCAGCAUGUAAAGAGUUGAUAUUUGCAGUUAUUCCCUUGCAGUAUGGUCCUAUAACAUGUUUAAGAUCAAGUAAAAAG